UGGACAAGAGCCGACUAUCCUCUUCUUUCACCGGCACUUGGGCGAGGGGACCAAGCAAUACUUUUGCAAAACAAACCUUGGAGGCUUGCGAACGUGGACUCCAUCAUCCCCACACCAUCGCGGAAGAUACAUGAUUGUUAACAUGCGGUCCUCCUCAUUACUUCUGGCUUCUUUCCAUCCCUUCACUCUCCUCAUCGUUAGUCCGACUCGACAUGAUAAUCAGUCAAUAAAGUGAUGAUUUGGCCACGGGAUUCCCUCUUCGCACUGACUCUACCCUUGCCCCUUCCUCCCUCGUCGACAGACGCACAUGGCUUAUGAUGGCCAGGAUAACCCGCCUAGAGCGCCAGGUGAUGUAUCCAGACCAGACCCGGAGAAGGAUGAAGUCCACCAUAGAUAUCCUCAUGCGUCGGACGAUGCUCGUUCCGUCCACACCAACGCCUCGGCCCAUUCCACGAUAGCAGACCAUCAUGAUGUCGAAAACGUUAAUGAGAUUUUGCGCCGCACAUAUACUCCUAAAAAUCCCAUAGAAAUCGUACCACGGUCCAAACGACGGGGUCUUUUCGCGCGGUUCACCCUCAUUGCCGAAGUCACCAACCCUUAUGACUACUCAAACAACCUCAAAUGGUUCAUCACCUUCAUCGUCUCGGUGGCAGGAGCGGCCGCUCCAGUUGGGAGUGCCAUUCUACUGCGUAAGAGAGAUGUCGAUAUCGCCAGAAGGUUUAGAAUGCUAACAUGCUCGACAGCGGCACUGACGCAGGUGGAGCAGGACCUCAAGGCAACACCGGCCAUCAGCAACAUGGCGGUAGCACUGUAUAUGUUAUCUAUGGCCAUAUUCCCGCUGUGGUGGUCUGCAUUUUCCGAAACCCUCGGUCGUCGAACCAUCUACCUGGUUUCGUUUGCACUCUUUGUCGUCUUUUCCGUGCUCAGCGCCGUUUCACAUUCUAUAACGAUGCUCAUUGUCAUGAGAAUGUUGGCUGGUGGGGCAGCAGCCUCUGUGCAAGCAGUUGGUGCGGGAACGAUAGCUGAUAUUUGGGAAACACGCGAGAGAGGGCGAGCAAUGGGCAUCUUUUAUCUCGGUCCCCUCUGUGGACCUCUCCUGGCGCCCAUUAUCGGGGGCAUGGUCGCCCAGCACUGGGGUUGGAGGUCAACUCAAUGGGCCCUUGCCAUUUAUGCGGUUCUGACAUUGAUCUUUGUCUUUUUUGCACUGCCAGAAACCGUCCGGGCCACCAAGAACAUCAAUGCCGCUGUUGAGACGGAGGAGACUGCGUCAGCCGAUGGGGCUUCCCAAUCAGACUUGAGAAGAGUCACGACUCGAGAACGAGCCCAGCGACGCUCCAAGAAGAUUCUUAAGGUCCUGCGGAUGUUCUUCGUCGACCCCUUGAGUAUCAUUCUGUAUCUUCGCUUCAUGCCAGUGCUCCUGACGGUGUACUACUCGGCCGUCACUUUCGGUUCGUUGUAUGUGCUCAACAUCAGCAUCCAGUACACUUUCGAGCGCCAACCAUAUGAAUUUGAGACCAUCAUCAUCGGCCUAUUGUACAUCCCCAACUCUGUUGGCUAUCUCCUGGCCAGCUUGUUUGGCGGCCGUUGGAUGGACAGCAUCAUGAAGCGAGAAGCGCUCAAGGCCAAUCGAGUCAACGAGCAUGGGAAAUUGGUGUUUCAUCCUGAGGAUCGCAUGCAAGAAAACGCGUGGCUCGGGUCGAUGUUGUACCCUGCAGCUCUCAUUUGGUAUGGGUGGACGGUCGAGAAAGGAGUAUUCUGGGUUGCACCAAUGGUGGCAAACUUCUUCUAUGGAGUCGGCUCGAUGUUGAUCUUUGCCAUGGCGACCACCAUGUUAACGGAAUUCAUGCCACGACGGUCGGCAUCUGGCGUAGCCUUGAAUAAUCUAUGUCGCAAUAUUUUUGCAUGCGUUGGCGGCAUUGUGGGGGCGCCUGUGAUUUCUUCCAUCGGCAAUGGCUGGCUAUUCACCAUACUUGGACUUUGGGCAUUCUCCAGCGCUGCUGUGAUAUGGGCAAUGAAGCGAUUCGGGCCCAAGUGGCGAGAAAAGCUGGAACGGGAACUCGAUUGAGACGAUAGAUCUAUGAGCGUUGGAAUGAUAAUGACGAAUUGGUUUAAUACACUGUCUUGAUUCGAG